AUGGAAUCAUCUGAUUUUGUGCCUGGUGCGUCAGAAAUGGGUUCUCUGACAGCCCAUUCCAACGAAGAGAGCGAAUUCGUCGGCAGCUCUAGCGGUGUUUUUUUUAUCAACACUGUCCGGCAGGCCUUUUCACAGAAUCUGAAUCAAUCUGCGGGAUCGUCACCGUCUGGUUGUGAAUUUCCUCAGCCGGAAGAUACACUCGUGGGCAGUGAAGACUCGCCGCGGGAUAAACACCAUGUCCCGGCUUCGACUGCAGCGUCGCCUUCCAGGGCCUGUGACUCAGAGACUAUAAGCCAAUGGAAAUAUGCAUCUGCAGUGGCUGCACAUUUGGGCAAUGCUCCUCCAGUGGAUAUGGCAAAGGAACUUAUGAUGGCGUAUUUCAAAGUCUGGCAUCCGCUGUUCCCUUUUCUGCAUGGUCCGACAUUCUUGCAGGCUAUGGAAUUUCUUUAUUCGGGAGAUGCGCAAGAUACUACUACUGCCAAUUUACCUUCAUCUCUUGAGCACAGGAAUGCGUGCUGGACUACUGUAUUUCAGUGCGUGUUUAACUUGGCAAGUCUUCUGCGUCCUGAUCUCCGUCUGCCGCGAGAGUCCCAAAUUGAAUCUCCCAGCAGCAUGUACCCCCUACUGGGCGUGUUGUCAUGCAGACACGAUAUUCCUUCACUGCAGGCUCUCUUAGCGGCGCAGCUCUAUCUAGUUGCAAGAAUGUCGCUUCGAACCGCAUCGACUGUGGGUGGUUGCAUUCUGCGAUCCAUGCUGCAUGCGGGUCUUCAUCGUUGUCCGUUCCGGUACAAGGAACUCUCGUCGCAUGAUCGACAUUUGCGCAAGAGGAUCUUCUGGUGUGCAUAUGCAAUUGAUCGGUACCUGAGUCAGGCCCUUGGCCUGCCCCUUGGCAUUCAAGACUCAGAUAUCGACGUUUGUCCUCCCGGGGCUCCAGAGAUUCAUCUUCCUGGGAUUCAUGGGACCGAUUGCUUACGCUUAUUCGGGGGGACACCUUCUGAGAAAGGCACGAGUCAAAACAUAAGAUCAGACAAGAUAUUAAACCAGGAAACCGAGGACCCACGCAAAAGGGAAGUUGCUCUAGCAAACUACGUGGAAUCUGGAAAGCUCACUGGCCAAGCACUGGAGCUAUUUCACAAGUCUGUCCUUGUUCGCUCUAUCCGACGGAGCUCUGUUCUCUUUUUAGCCUCAGACGUCCACAGGUGGUGGAACAGCCUUCCACGAGAACUACAAGGAAACCUUGGAAAGGCAGACGCAAGCAUUCCCGCUGUCUCAUCCGCAUCAUCAUCACCCACGGAUAAGCCAUUCGACUUUGGUCCAUUUUUUACUAUACUCUAUCAACAUUUAAUCCUCUUGAUCAACCGACCUUUCCUGUCUCUUGCCCCAUCAACUCCAGAGUUCUGUUCUGCGCUACAGACUUGUAUCGGUGCUGCUCGGGGAAUUCUCGCGGCUUUGAGAAGUCAGGUUGAUGGAAAGCAGGAGUUGUUCUGGCCUGGAUUCCUUUCUGCUGCCUGGAUGUCAGGCCUUGUCCUUGCUUUCGCCUGUCAGCUGAGGCAAUAUUGCUUGAAAUUUUUACGUAUCAUGUCUGCGCAAUGGGAAACGGCCAAACAUUGCCAUUCAGCACUGACGUUACUAUUCAGCAACAUACAGCAAGGCGGACGAGAAUCGAUGCACCUUCCAUUGGUCCCUAAAAACGACCCCAAUGAGCAACAGCAUCAACAACCCACAAUUAACCCCGUUUCUCAGUCACCAGAGCCAAACCAAGAACUCGCAAAUUCGUACAACGAUGCCAUCGCUAUCCCCUCCGCAGACAUCGCUACUGCAGCCGAUGACUUCACAGAAGCAGAUAAUAACCGUCUCUUUUUCUUCUCUGAUAACACAUCCUCUAACCCCGGACAAGGACCUGGUCCGGGGUUAAGCGGGGUGGGAAACUUCGACCUCAACAUGGUGGAUUUGUUCCAGGCUCCAGCGAAUUUUGAUUCGCUUUUCGACCUGUUCGGUCAACAAUACCCGAGUUUCUAGUUAUUAUUCGACUCCGUCCUCCGGAUGCAAAAGCUUGUUUACUCGGUCAGGUUCCGGCGGACAGCACCCGAUGCAUUUGUUUCCCCCGGCUGACCAAUCUCCACAUUUCCAUUUCCAUCAUGCGAACAAAGUACUAGAGCAAGCAUUUUUAGACUCCCACUUGGGUGGGCUAU